AUGCUGGGCCUCAAUGACACGCCCUUCCAGCCUGCCACACUCCAGCUGACGGGCAUUCCCGGGAUACAGACCGGCCAGGCCUGGGUUGCUCUGAUUUUCUGCAUCCUCUACCUCAUCUCCAUCAUAGGCAACUCCAGCAUCCUUGCCCUGGUGGUUCGAGAGCCGGCUCUGCACCAGCCCAUGUACUUCUUCCUCUCUAUGCUCUCUCUCAAUGACCUGGGUGUGUCCCUGUCUACGCUUCCCACGGUGCUGGCCACCUUCUGCUUCAGCUACCGCCACGUUGGCUUUGAUGCCUGCCUGGUGCAGAUGUUCUUCAUUCACACUUUCUCUUUCAUGGAAUCAGGCAUCCUUCUGGCCAUGAGCUUUGAUCGCUUUGUGGCUAUUUGUGACCCGCUGCACUACGCCACCGUGCUCACCAACAGCCGCAUCUUGGCUAUGGGUCUGGGUAUUCUGACGAAGAGUUUCACCACCCUCUUCCCUUUCCCCUUUCUGGUGAAGCGACUGCCCUUCUGCAAGGGGAACGUUCUGCAUCACUCGUACUGCCUCCAUCCUGAUCUCAUGACAGUGGCGUGUGGAGACGUCCGUGUUAACAACAUCUAUGGACUGUUUGUGGUCAUCUUCACCUACGGUGUGGACUCAUCUUGUAUCCUUCUUUCCUACGCGCUGAUCUUGAGAGCGGUGUUGGCCAUUGCAGCCCAGGAACAGCGGCUCAAGGCACUCAACACCUGUAUGUCACACAUUUGUGCAGUGCUAGCAUUUUAUGUGCCCAUAAUUGCUGUCUCCAUGAUCCACCGCUUCUGGAAAAGUGCCCCAGCUGUCGUCCAUGUCAUGAUGUCCAAUGUCUACCUGUUCGUACCUCCCAUGCUCAACCCCAUCAUCUACAGCGUAAAGACCAAGGAGAUCCGCAGAGGGAUCCUCAAGGUCUUCUGUAAAUCCCAGACCUGA